GCUUAAGAGAGUCUGUUAGAGUUAUUGUGAAAUAUGGGAAUGUACUUUCUUUGACUUAGUUUGUUCUCAGCUGAACAUGUAGGCUUGAACUUUUUGUUUUAUGUAAAGAAAUGAUUGUUUCAACUCAAAACUUCAUGAGAACAUAAAUUAACCUUUUAGAGUUUAUGUCAGGCCAAAGUGUGACGUUUCAUUGUUUGGAGUGAACAGACUAUGAGCCCUUUGUUUAACAGUGUAUCUCACACACACUGAGGGGCUUUCUCUCACACACACAGCUGUGUGUCAGCGCGCAGUGUGACUCACUGUAAGCCGGCCAAACAAGCUGACAGGACACUUAUGAAUCUCCAAGUAAAGCCAGAGCCUGACCAUGCCAGUAAAAUCUAGAGGCUCGUUUAAAAAUAACUUAUUCCUCUGAGGGGACGGAGCGGAAACACACAGUGUCAUGGCUCCAUCAGAGGACAGUGUGAGCACCUGGAGCUGUAAGCAGGUGGCUCAGUGGCUGAAGGAGGAAGGCUUUGGGGAGUACGUGGAGUUAUUGUGCACCCAGCACCGCCUUGACGGCCUCGCACUGCUGGCUCUGACUGAGGCCGACCUGCGAGGACCCCCGCUUGGCCUCACUGUGCUGGGAGACAUCAAGAGGCUGAACAUCGCCCUGCGCCGGCUCCAGAGACAGAACCAGAACCAGCUGGAGGAGCUGGGUUUGCAGCUUACGGACAGACAUCCUCAAGUGGACAGUGGAGGGGUGGAGUGGAGCUGCGACAGAGCCAACAGGAGGUAUAAUGGAGGAAAUCAUACGUGUAAUGGGACUGAGCUGAGACUGAGGAAUGGAGACAGAUCUGGAUUUGAUUCAGGAGCUGCACUUUGUCAUAUACACUCUAAUGGGAGGUGUAGGCAGCACCUGGCAGGUAGAUUGGACCCAGAGGUGUGGAAAACAGUCAUGAGUGCCUUUUAUGUGUUUUUAGUUUUUGGUUUCACAUCUUUUGUCAUGGUCAUCGUACACGAGCGAGUCCCGGACACGACGACAUACCCACCGCUGCCUGACAUAUUCCUGGACAGUGUUCCCAGAAUCCCCUGGGCUUUUGCAAUGGCUGAAGCCUGUGGUCUCAUCCUGUGUUACAUGUUUAUGUUGAUCCUGCUCCUCCACAAACACAGGUCGAUCCUCUUCAGACGGUUGUGUUCUUUAAUGGGCACUGUGUUUCUGCUGCGUUGUUGCACCAUGUUUGUCACCUCGCUCUCAGUGCCUGGACAGCACUUAAAGUGUGCCAGCAAGACGUACGGUGACACUUUGGGAAAGAUCCAGAGGGCGCUGGCGAUCUGGAGCGGGUUUGGAAUGACGUUGACGGGCGUCCAAACGUGUGGAGACUACAUGUUCAGUGGACACACUGUUGUUAUCACGUUGCUCAAUUUCUUCGUGACUGAAUACACUCCACGGACCUGGAACAUGAUCCACACCAUCUCCUGGGUGUUAAACCUAUUUGGAAUUUUCUUCAUCCUGGCAGCUCACGAGCACUACUCCAUCGACGUGUUCAUCGCUUUCUACAUCACCACUCGUCUUUUCCUCUACUACCACACCUUGGCCAACACUCGGGCCUAUCAGCACAGCCGGAGGGCGCGCAUUUGGUUCCCCAUGUUCUCCUUUUUUGAGUGCAAUGUGAACGGACCGGUCCCCAACCAGUAUCACUGGCCCUUCAACAAACCUGUCUUCAUGAAAACUCUGAUUGGAUAGAAAUAUGCUUUUAAGAUUUGCAGCAGCAACAUGCAUCGACUGCACAGUUGAAACCAAAUGAUACACUUUUUACUUGAAAUGCUGCUUCCUGUCUUUGGAAGGUUAAAGUUUAUUAUGAGGGAGAUUGUCCUCUCUAUUUGUAUGAAUGGUUGAUCUUUAUUUUUACACUAAUUUAUAUGUUAAGAGGAGUAGUUUGACAUUUUAAGAAGUUAGACAGGUAGACAUAAAGACUGGUUGGCAGGGGAGCGUCUGGAUUUUUUAGGCUGGGGUGGCCAAACUGGAGCACUCACUGAUACAGGAUGGGGGAUGCACAAACAUGUUUAAAUAUAAUUUAUUUGACAUUGUUCAACACAUUUCUGUUUCCACUAAACAUCUCUGCAAUGAAAAGGUAUCACACAGAUGGUGCAUUAGAUAUUGUUAGUAUUUUAAUAUAUAAUUAUCACAAUAGAGUGGCAAAAUAUAUUUCUUCCAUGCUUGGUUAUUUAAGCACCUAAAAAAAAAGAUGUGCAUCCAAAGUAAAAGUUUUAAGUUCCAACAAGAGAAAAUGUAUGCCACAAAAGAUGUUAGCAACCUGCUGCAACACAGUCAGUAAAGUUUAUGUGAGCAUGGUUCUACCUCUGAUCCGCUGAACAACCAAUCAUUGUUCAGGAUUUUGGGGUGACAUAAGGGACAGUCCCACCAGACAAUCAGCAAAUAUUAAAGUAAGAAAAUAACCUUUAGUACACAGCUGAAGCUGGCCACGCAUAAAAAAUCAUUGUGUAAAGACCGUCUGUGGUGUUAGCAACACGACAACAUCAAUUUUGCUGUCAUCAGAGAGGUACCUCAUCACAUUAACCUUUACAUUUUGUUUAAAAUAAAUUUGUGCAGGUUAGUGAACCGUAAAGGAGCUAAUGGAUCGUCAAACAAAGCCCAGCUAGCUGUUCCCCCAUGCUUCCAGUCUUUAUGCUAAGCUAAGCUGACUGGCUGCUGGCAUUGGGAUAAUAUUUACCGUACAGACAUGAAAGUGAUGUUAAUCCUCAUCCAACUGCCGGCUAGUAUGCAAAUGUGUGUAUUUCCAAAGUCAUCAAACAUUUCCUUUAAAUUAUAAACUGCAAGCUGCCAAGUGAAACAAAGAAAUGACGUUCAUUUUCAGGACAUGAUGCUCCAGUUACACAUCAUUUCCUCUGAGAGUGUGUUUUAAAUAAUUAUCUUUGUCAGGUGUGUUCCACUUUGGGGGUUCUUUAAGUUCACAGGCUGCAAAUGUUGUGGUGUUGUAAUGGUGACAGUUACUAUGUUGUAUAACUGCAAAGAGAUUGGACACCUUUUUUUUUUCGACAUCCUGUUAUCUGUUGAAGUGCUCCGUUUUUUCCACCCUCACUAACCCCAAAACACUUUCCUGUUUAAAAGUUCACAGAAAGUUUGAGUCACCAUCGAGCCGUCUACUUUCAGAAAUUAACCAAAUAUAUGAACAUUUAUUUCAGCCUAUAAUAACGUCUUAAUUCUUAAUUUGAUACUGUUUUAUGUUUUUAUGUUUUUCUAUUUCAAUUAUGUGAUGAGAAGGGGAAAAUAUCAACUUUAAUGUUGUUGAAGCUUUAUUGUUCAGAGUUUUUUCUGUUGCACGGUACAAAAGCUGCCUUAUUUCACUGCAGGUGUUGAUAAAGAAUGUAUGUUUACUAUGUCAUUGAUUCAAACUGUGUCUCCUAAAUAAUUGUUUACAGUUUGUGGCUCCUCUUGCGAUGCAGGUAAUCUAUCUCUGCCUUUUGGCUCAGCAAUAAAAGUUUACACAUGAGGAAAACAGUUUCUUGUAUUUCAGACUGACGACUUCCUCAGCUGCUUUCUCUGUUUUGUGUUCAUUUGUUGAAUAAAAUGGAGAACACGUUAUGAACUAUAAGAGA